AUGAGAAAGACAAAAAUCAUCGCAACCAUAGGCCCGGUUUCCCGGGACCCGGAAACGCUGGAAAAGUUGAUCCUGGCCGGCAUGGACUGUGCCAGGCUCAAUUUCUCCCACGGCACUUUUCCGGAACACGAAGAAGUGAUCCGCGACGUGCGGCGGUUGUCUGAAAAGCAUGGCAGGCAGGUCGCCAUUCUUCAGGACCUGGGUGGCGUAAAGCUGCGCCUGGGCAACAUGGACCACGUUCUCAACCUCAACCACGGCGACGAAUAUCUGCUGACGGCGGAUGAGGCCUCCGACGACCCCUCUAUUAUCCCCUUCCCCGAACCGGGAGUGCUGCGGAACCUGCGCGAAAACAACCUGGUCUUCAUUUCCGAUGGUAUCGUAUGCCUGGAAGUGCUGGAAACCAAUGGCCUCCAGGUCAGGACACGGGUACGGAACGGGGGCACUAUUUCGUCUUACAAAGGGGUCAAUCUCCCCGGCGUUUCCAUAGACAUGCCGGUAUUGACCGAUGAUGACAAGGCAGCCCUCCGGUUUGGCGUGGAGCAGAAGGUGGACUGGGUUGCCGUCUCCUUCGUGCGUACCGGCCACGACGUCCGGGAAGCCAAGGCUUUCCUGCAGAGUAUUGGCAGCCAGGCGCCGGUUAUGGCCAAGCUCGAGCGAAGUGAAGGGAUCGACAACCUGGACGAAAUCCUGCAGGAAGUAGAUGGAGUGAUGGUGGCCCGCGGCGACCUCGGUGUGGAAAUCCCUAUGGAACGGGUGCCCCUGGUGCAGAAGGAGAUUGUCCGCAAGGCCAACGAAGCGGCCAAGUCUUCCUGCAUCGCCACCCAGAUGCUGCGGUCAAUGGUAGUGUCGCCUACCCCGACUCGCGCCGAAGUCUCCGACAUCUGCAAUGCGGUGCUGGACGGCUGCGAUUUGAUCUUGCUGUCCGACGAAAUUGCCGUGGGAGCCUACCCUGUCGAAGCGGUUCAGGUGGCUGAUACUGCUAUCCGCGAGGCUGAGAAAAUUUACCCCUACUAUAAGGAUUUCCGGUCGCGGGAUCGCACUCAGGCCAUCGCCGCCGGGGCUAGCAGUUUGGCCAGGGAGUUGCAUUCCAAGCCCAUCGUUGUAACCAGCACCGGUCGGGCCGCUUACGAGGUGUCUCGCUAUCGGCCUGAGGGCGACAUAAUCGUUUUCGCCCAUGAUGAAGAGACUUUGAGAAGAUUGUGCCUUGGUUGGGGACUCCAGCCCAGCGGUGUAAUUCCGCCGGAGCAGGACAUUUCCAGGCUGGUAGCGAUGUUGAUCGGCCGCGCCAUGUCCACCGGCCUAGUCAACGAGUCAGACGUUGUGACAAUAGUCCACGGAAGCCUCACCGGCGUCUCUGGCACCACUAACACCAUCCAGGUGCUCGACGUUCAAGAAUAUUUGUCCCGCUACUCGGACCUGGUCGAGGCGGCGGCAGGGGCUUAG